AUGGAUGAUAAUGACGGUGAUGACGAUGAUGACGACGAUGACGAUGUAGAUGAUGAUGUCGAUGACGAUGAUGACGAUGACGAUGAUGAUGAUGAUGACGAUGACGAUGACGAUGAGGAUGAUGAUGAUGACGAUGACAAUGACGAUGAUGGCGGGGAAGAUGAAGAUGAUGAUGACGAUGACGAUGUCGAUGACGAUGACGAUGACGUAGACGGUGACAAUGACGAUGAUAACGACGGUGAUGAUGACGAUGUUGAUGUCGAUGAUGAUGUCGAUGACGAUGACGAUGAUGAUGAUGAUGAUGAUGACGAUGAUGAUAACGAUGACGAUGAUGACGAUAAUGCCGACGAUGAUGAUGACGAAGAAGAUGACUAUGACGAUGAGGAUGAUGAUGACGAUGACAAUGACAUAUUUAUAUACAUACAACAGUAUACAUAUUGA